AUGAAGGCUGCCUACACCGCUUAUCGAUGCCUCACCAAAGACCUAGAAGGCUGCGCCAUGAACCCGGAGCUGACAAUGGAAAGUCUGGGCACUUUGCACGGGCCGGCCGGCGGCGGCAGCGGCGGGGGCGGCGGCGGGGGCGGCGGGGGCGGCGGCGGGGGCCCGGGCCAUGAGCCGGAGCUGCUGGCCAGCCCCAGCCCCCACCACGCGGGCCGCGGCGCCGCCGGCUCGCUGCGGGGCCCGCCGCCCCCGCCGCCGCCGCCGCCGCCGCCGCCGCCGCCGACCGCGCACCAGGAGCUGGGCACGGCGGCGGCGGCGGCCGCGGCGGCGUCGCGCUCGGCCAUGGUCACUAGCAUGGCCUCGAUCCUGGACGGCGGCGACUACCGGCCCGAGCUCUCCAUCCCGCUCCACCACGCCAUGAGCAUGUCCUGCGACUCGUCCCCGCCCGGCAUGGGCAUGAGCAACACCUACACCACGCUGACGCCGCUCCAGCCGCUGCCGCCCAUCUCCACCGUGUCCGACAAGUUCCACCACCCGCACCCGCACCACCACCCGCACCACCACCACCACCACCACCACCAGCGCCUGUCGGGCAACGUCAGCGGCAGCUUCACCCUCAUGCGCGACGAGCGCGGGCUCCCGGCCAUGAACAACCUCUACGGCCCCUACAAAGAGAUGCCCGGCAUGGGCCAGAGCCUGUCCCCGCUGGCCGCCACGCCGCUGGGCAACGGGCUGGGCGGCCUCCACAACGCGCAGCAGAGCCUGCCCAACUACGGGCCCCCGGGCCACGACAAGAUGCUCAGCCCCAACUUCGACGCGCACCACACUGCCAUGCUGACCCGCGGCGAGCAGCACCUGUCCCGCGGCCUGGGCACCCCGCCCGCGGCCAUGAUGUCGCACCUCAAUGGCCUGCACCACCCGGGCCACGCGCAGUCCCACGGGCCCGUGCUGGCGCCCAGCCGCGAGCGGCCGCCCUCGUCGUCGUCGGGCUCGCAGGUGGCCACGUCGGGCCAGCUGGAGGAGAUCAACACCAAGGAGGUGGCCCAGCGCAUCACCGCCGAGCUGAAGCGCUACAGCAUCCCGCAGGCGAUCUUCGCGCAGCGGGUGCUCUGCCGCUCUCAGGGGACGCUCUCCGACCUGCUCCGGAACCCCAAACCCUGGAGUAAACUCAAGUCUGGCAGGGAGACCUUCCGCAGGAUGUGGAAGUGGCUGCAAGAGCCCGAAUUCCAGCGCAUGUCCGCCUUACGCCUGGCAGCGUGCAAACGCAAAGAGCAAGAACCAAACAAAGACAGGAACAAUUCCCAGAAGAAAUCCCGCCUGGUGUUCACCGACCUCCAGCGCCGAACACUCUUCGCCAUCUUCAAGGAGAACAAGCGUCCAUCCAAAGAGAUGCAAAUCACCAUUUCCCAGCAGCUGGGCCUGGAGCUCACCACGGUCAGCAACUUCUUCAUGAACGCCCGGCGCCGCAGCCUGGAGAAGUGGCAGGACGACCUGAGCACGGGCGGCUCCUCAGCCACGUCCAGCACGUGUACCAAAGCGUGACGCUCAGACUCUCCCUGGGGCACGCGGCACCUCCCCAAACGGUCGGCAGGUACCGGAAGGAAACAUCGAGGGGGGAAGAGAUGCCGGAUACGGAGCUGGGGCCCUUCACUGGUGAUCUGAAAGCACAAUUCUGUUGAAAAGAAACUUCUAGCUGUAAUCAUAGGCCAGGUGUUCCUGUUUUCCUUUUAAAUGGCUAUGGAGUCCAAGUGCAAGCUGAAAACGCAUCUCUCUGAACCGGACAUUGUCCUCUGAGCACGCUGAGCAUCCCAGAAACCCAAAUGAGGCCUUCCUGGAGCAAGUUCACGUCAGCGUCGUGCCAGCCAAGCCAGUG